AUUUUGAAAUCGUUGCUAUUCUUCUUUUGCUGUUGGUGCAAAACCUUUGCAAGACUUCUCCCAAGACACGAGCAAGCACAUGAAGAACACUUUUAUGACUUACUACUGAAUUUAUAUUUGCAUCCGUAACUCGCAUGUGUUAACCAGGCAUUUAAGUAUCAUGUGGAGUCCUGAUGAAAUAGCCAGUUUGUGUUAUAAUCACUUUAAUAAACUGCCUAAGAGAGGAAAGCCAGAGGAGGGCAGAGAGUGGACUCUACUGGCUGCUGUCAUUCUUCUGACUGACAGCUCAGACCAAAAGACAGUUCACAAGCAGGUUGUGUCUUUGGGGACGGGCACCAAAUGCAUCGGCCAGUCUGCCAUGAGUAUGGAGGGUGAUAUUCUGAAUGACAGUCAUGCCGAGGUUAUUGCUCGAAGGGGGUGUGUCAGGUAUCUGACGGAGCAGCUGCACAGGGCUGUGAGUGGCCAGAGCUCUGAUGUCUUCUGUCCAGGAGCCGGACAGGGAAAAUGGACAGUCAAACCAGGAGUUUCUUUCCUUUUCUUCACCAGUCAAACACCCUGUGGUGAUGCCUCCAUAUUCCCUAUGACUGGAUGUCAAGCACAGCCCUGUGAGCCAGUAAAGGCAGUGAAGAACGAAGAAUCAGAGAGACGAGGCCUAAAGCGACAUGCUGAGAGUGAAUUAGAGGAGACCAGACAUGGCCCUGGAAUGAAGACAAGUGACAACCAUUCAUCAUUCAGAAAAUCAGGGGAUGCCGAUGAGGAGGAAGUUAUAAUAGAAAACAAAGAGCAUAAUCAAUUAAAUGAAGUCUCAAACGAUCAACCGGAUGUAAAGAAAGUCUACCUGCCAGACCUCCAUCGCACUGGAGCAAAGUGUGUCCCUGAUGGCCCAACGGAUCCUCUCAAGCCUGGAUUACUCUAUCACAAAGUUGGGGUUUUGAGGGUUAAGCCAGGCCGUGGGGAACGCACACUUUCUCUCUCGUGCAGUGAUAAACUUGCACGCUGGGCCGUUCUAGGCUUCCAGGGUGCCCUGCUGUCUCAUUACCUGCAAGGACCGAUCUAUUUCAGUGCUGUGGUGGUUGGAAUGGGUCCAUACAACCAUCAGGCAAUGCAUAGAGCACUGAAAACACGAUGUUCUCAUGUGAGGGGUCUGCCAUCAGGUUUCUCCAUACAAGCUCCAGAGCUUCUGCAGGCCAGUCUGGAAUUUACCCACAAUCACACACAUACAGAGUCCAAACACACACACGCACAGGGCAGAAUAUCUCCCUGUGGGGCAGCCAUCAGCUGGUGUGCAGUGUCCCAGCAUCCUCUAGAUGUCACUGCUAAUGGAUACAAACAAGGAGUGACGAAGAAAGCUUUGGGAACGUUGCAAGCAAGAUCUUUAAUCAGUAAAGUGGAGCUCUUUCAUUCGUUUCUGAAACUGAAGGCGGCAACGGAAGACUCUCAGCUUCCAGAGACCCUCCGAAGUGGGAAAGAAUUGACGACCUACUGGGACUAUAAGCAGGCAGCAGGAGUGUACCAGCAGGCCUGGACACAGCUGCGCCUGCAGGCCUUCCCACUGUGGCCCCGGGGCCCACGAGAACUGCUGCGCUUUCAUUAGCAGACCGCACAUUAACCAUACAAGAGUCCUGAACCAGUCACAUGAAAAGAAGCUUGUCCUUUCAGCAUUAAUAAAUGUAAUAAAAGUGACUCUCGCUGCUUUUUUCCAUCAAAAGCAUGCAGUGACCAGGGACUAUAAACCCAAGAUGUGCUGCAUCCCAAGUCAUACGGAAGCUUUGUGUGAGGAACAUUUGAGCUGAAAUUUAAAGGGAUAGCUCACUUUGAAAUAAAUUUUUGGUAUGUUU